AUGACGCAAGAAGAAGUGCUGCCACCGCCAAAUCGGUUCGAAUCCUGCUGCCGUCUGUGUCUGUCGCCCGCCGACGACGAGCCUAACCGUGGCCUGAUCCCGUUGCUACAUCCUGACGGACCCGGUAGCGGAUGUCACCGGACCGAACGGCUCACCGAGAUGAUCCUGGAGUGCACCUCGAUUCAGAUAACCUUGGAGGAGGACUACUCGGCGAAGGUCUGCGAAAACUGUGUCGACACGCUCGACAAAUUUUAUCAGUACCGGAUGCGCUGUCUCGUCAACGAUCAGAUGCUUCGGGCGGAGCGGCUCCGCCAUCCGGGACUAGGGAAGAGAACCAGCAACAACAACAACUACAACAACAAUGAGGAUGACCGCGGUCGCGCUACCGAAGGUGACGAGAAGGUAACUUCACCCGUGCAUCGACCGGGAAGCGGGGAAAGUAGCCAACAGCAUCUGUCGUCCCCAACGGUGCCGGAGAUUCGCAUUAAAUCGGAACCAUUGCCCGUGGAUCGAGCGGCGGGUGAAGAGGAAGGAGACGGUCGGCGGGACCACAGUGUACCACCACCGGUGGCGGCGGCGGCGGCGGCGACUGAAACCGAAGGUGGUCCGUCCUCGAUACUGCGCAGCAUCUUGUUGCAGGCACGCGAUUCCACCACGAGUAAAUCGUCACCGAAUACGGAACCGGAAUCGCCACGGCACACGCCACAUCCGUUCACGUACGCUUCACCACCCGCACCACCGUCGGAAAGCGGUCGCUUACAAGGCGACGAACAUGAGGAGGAUGACGUUAAGCCAUCGCUUCUGCAACAGAUGCUCCUGCAACAGCAGCAACAGCAACAGCAGCAGCAGCAGCAACAGAGUCCUUCGCCGACUAACGUGCGAUCGUCGCCAGCGAAACCCAUCGAUGGUGCGAUUGGUCGUGACGAAAAACCUCCAGUGAGUGGAUCAUCAUCCGCCACUGGUUCUUCGUCCUUGCUGAAGCGCAUGCUGCUCGAUGGCAGCGGAACCGCCACAAUCGCGUCACCAGCGGAACCACGUGUCCUGCCUGGAACGGGAUCACCCUUAGAGGGAACGAGCUGCAAGCAGCAGCACACCAAGCCUGAGCCACCAAGUGCCACCCACUCCCCGUCACCACCGGUGUCCGGUCGGGCGGGGGACGAAGAAGUGCCUUCGACCGAAACUCCCUUAGCCUCGCAGCUCCGCUCGAUACUGCUCCAACACCGAGCGGCCGCAAUGAUGCGUCCCGAGUCCGCAUCGGACUUGGCUUCCGAGCGAUGCCAGCAGAAACCGGUAAUCGCCAGCGAUCAGUCGGCGGGCCUCGAAAAGCCGGAGGUGUCGUACGUGCGAAGUCUGUUCCUGCGCAACGAUUCGGAUUCCGAAAGUGAACCGCCUCCGGUCGAGGAUCAGCGCGAGAUGCUGCUGUACGCAAUGUUCCAGGAGCUGCGCGCACGCCACCAACAGCAGCAACAGGAACACUCGGGACCUCAGGCUGGGUUCUCGUCCGAUUCAGACGACUCGGACGAUCUGCCUCAGGACUACCGGCUGCCGAGCGUGCGUCGUCGCAGUACGGAUUCGGCCGAAUCACGCACCAAACGCCGACGGAUGGAGUAUCCUUGUCUGUUGUGCGGUGGAACGUUUGCUGGCCGCACUAAACUCGUGCUGCACAUGCGCACGCACAUGAUGCUGGGCGGUUCACCGGCUGACGGAAGUUUUUCGGCAUCCGCUGCCUCCGGAGGUGCGAUUCCGUCACCACUGCCCGGCUUACCGUCCGUUCCGCCAGGGUCCACCGGUGGUGGGCUGGUUCCGUCGCUGACCAACGGAGGGACGGCACCAUCAUCCGGAGUUGGCGAUGUGAAGGAUGGCAUUGUGUCUCCGCUUGCCGCACGACUGGCAGCGACCCCGUUCCGGCACGAUCAGCUGGGCGAUGUGACGGGGACGGGCACGGGCGGGAACGAAGACGAAAUCGAUGCGCUAGAACGGCGCUCGUACGCGUGCUACAUUUGCGGCGCGGACCAAAACAACCUGCACCAGCUCAAGGAGCACCUGCUGAUGGCACACCAGGACCGGAUACGGUCGCGGGGGCGUACGAGGGAGCGCCAGAAAACGUCGAUUGCGUGCGAGAUCUGCCAGCGGCAGUUUCGCAGCCAGUUCGCGUACGGUGAGCACAUGCGGACGCACACCGGCGAGCGGCCGUUUCCGUGCGACCAGUGUGAUAAGCGGUUCCCGCGCCGGUUUCAACUGCUAGGCCAUUUGUAUAACGUCCACAAGCAGUCCUGGGUGGCGGACGAAUCGAAAGCCAAGUUCGCGAAAAAGUGAACCAAACCUGUCCUCUUACUCCCCCACAUCUCCUCCUCGUUCCUAUUGCCAACCGCAGGUGCAAGGACACGAAUUUUACUAUGCCUUAAGGAUAAAGGAAGAUUUUUUUUCGCUAGACUAAAAAAUGUCUGAGACAUGAUUAUAUUUUGUUUUGUUCGUAGUUUAAU